AUGCUUGACGUCAAUGAUUUCAUUGCCGAGCGCGGCGGCAACCCCGAGUUAAUCAGGGCAAGCCAACGCAAGCGACAUGCCAGUGUAGCGGCUGUCGAUGAGGUCAUCGAGAUGUUCGAGGACCAUCGCAAAACCGCUUAUGCUGCCACCCAAAUCAAUGCCAAAAUCAACGAGGCCAAGGAGGAUGUCACCGAUCUCCUAAAGCAGAAAGCCGACCUGGAGAAGGAGAAGAAGGAUCUGCUCGCCUCGGCAGCCGAGAAGGAGAAGCUUUUGAAGGCCAAAGUCAGGCUUAUUGGCAACAUCGUCCACGAGUCUGUCCCUGUCUCCGACAACGAGGAUAACAACCGGGUCGAGCGCACCUGGGCGCCCGAGGGCGUCCUCUUCGAGAAGCGCAACGUUCUGUCCCACCACGAGGUUCUCGACAAGCUUGAAGGUUACGACCCCGAAAGAGGAGUGAAAGUUGUUGGCCAUCGUGGGUACUUCCUGCGUAAAUGGGGCGUGUUCCUGAAUCAGGCUUUGAUCAACUACGGGCUUGAGUUCCUGAACGACAGAGACUAUAUUCCUUUGCAAACUCCGCAACUCAUGCUCCGGGAUCAGAUGGCGAAGACUGCCCAGCUCUCACAAUUUGAUGAGGAACUGUACAAGGUGACGGGAGACCAGGCCGACAAGUAUCUCAUCGCGACUUCGGAGCAGCCCAUCAGUGCCUACCACAGCGAUGAGUGGCUGCAACCCAAGCAGCUUCCUCUGAAGUAUGCGGGUUAUUCAACUUGCUUCCGCAAGGAGGCCGGCGCGCACGGGAAAGAUGUAUGGGGUAUUUUCCGCGUCCAUGAGUUCACCAAGGUCGAGCAAUUCUGCAUCACGGAUCCCGAGAAGUCCUGGGAGAUGUUUGACAGCAUGAUCUCGACAUCGGAGGAGUUUUACAAGUCUCUUGGCAUCCCUUACCGCGUCGUAGCAAUCGUCUCUGGCGCUUUGACCGCGAAGAAGCUUGACCUCGAAGCCUGGUUUCCCCACCAAGGAGAGUUCAAGGAAUUAGUCAGCUGCUCCAACUGCACUGACUACCAGAGCCGCGACCUGGAGAUCCGUUUCGGUAUCAAGAAGCAGACGGAUGUGAAGAAGACCUAUGUCCACUGCUUGAACUCUACUCUCUGCGCUACAACGAGGACAAUCUGCGCCAUCUUAGAGAACUUCCAGACCGAAGAUGGUGUUAGAAUCCCCGAGCCCCUGCGGAAGUACCUCCCUGGCGCUCCCGACUUCAUUCCCUUUUCGAAACCAGUGGUGGAGAAGAAGGAGGUCGUUGUGAGAUGA